CUCCGCUCCACAUCCCAUUCUCCUGUUUGUUUGCUUUCUGGGUUUUCUGCUGAACAUCCCGCUCGCCCACAUCAUUUACCCCUCCUCAUCCUUUUGCAUACUGAGUGCACCGUCAGAGCAAGUAGUACCUUUGUGCACCUUCUCGUCUGCUGUGUAAAGAAGCCCCCUGUGGCUAUUCUCUUUCCAGGCUUCAACUCAACAUGAAGCUUUCUUCGGGCUCCAUGGCCGGUUUGGCUAUGUCCCUGCUCUCAGGUUCCAAAUUAGUUGCUGCUCAGACUUGGACCUCCUGCAAUCCCAUGGAAAAGACUUGCCCUCCAGAUCCUGCUCUUGGAGGGACGGCUGACUUCCAGUUCCACUCCGCCUCUGAGCGAUUCGACGUCCUCGGGGGUGCUCCAACAUAUGGCUCAAAUGGGGCUUCCCUAGCCGUAGCCAAGCAGGCGAUGCACCCACCCUUGUCUCGAAAUUCUACAUCAUGUUUGGCCAUGUUGACUUUGUCAUCAAAGCCGCCCCUGGCCGAGGCAUUGUCAGCAGUGCGGUCUUGCAAUCCGACGAUCUGGACGAGAUUGAUUGGGAAUGGCUUGGUGUAGACAACGCCCAGGUGCAAACCAAUUACUUUGGAAAAAAUCAGCAGGGCACCUUUGACCGUGGCCAGUUCCACGCCGAUCCGGGCAAUCAAGAUGGCUUUCAUACUUACUCGAUCGACUGGAAUAGCGAUCGGCUUAUCUGGCAGAUCGAUGGUCAGACUGUUCGUACCCUUACUGCCGCCUCUGCUGGUGCAUCGUACCCGCAAACCCCUAUGCAGAUCAAGGCUGGUGUCUGGGCCGGCGGUGAUCCUUCCAAUCCUCCUGGAACUAUCGAAUGGGCUGGUGGUAAAACUGAUUACGGUGCUGGUCCUUUUGUCAUGGGACUAAAGUCCAUUUCUGUGACUGACUAUUCUACCGGCACCCAAUACCGGUAUACUGACCGCAGUGGUAGUUGGCAGUCCAUUGAAGCCAUUGGUGGUAAGGUCAAUGGCCACGGAACUCCUGGCUCGGGCCCACAGGUAGAGUCUUCAAUCCCCCCUGCAGAAGCCACCCGGCCCCCAACCACCAAAGGGCUCCCCAGUGAAUGGAUAGUCACAGACUCUGGGAGAGCCACACCGCCGUCCACGGCUUCUAGCGCAUCCCAGUCUGCUUCACGAUCGUCGCCUUCAUCUCCGGUCUCCUCUUCCGCUGGUGGCCCUGAAUCGCCCUCAGCCACUGGUACAAAUUCACCAAAUGCCACAGUUGCUCCCGGAACAGGUGCAGCUAAUCUCAAUUUCCCUAUCUCAUACGGGGUCUCUGCUAUUUGUGGCUUGAUUGCUGCCGUCGCCUUCUUCCAAUAGUAGUAUUAAAGGCAAUCCAACAGAAAUGAAUCAGCUCCUUCAAGACUUGAAGGGAUAGAUUACUGGACCAUUUAGCGAAAGCGAAGAGCCGAUUAUAUGUAUUAAUAUAUUUCAGGCACAAGGAUUACGGCCGAUCCUGGGGUUGUUAUAUGGGGCCGUGGCAAGGCGAGGUGGCUUUGUUAAGGAACACAAAUAUUUCAUUCCACAAUUGGACUUUGUGUGGGUGACUUUUCUUCUUGACACUGAAUUAAUAGCUCUAGACCGUUUUCUAGGUUAUUGUUUUGCUUCUUUUUUUAAAGUAUUAUUAUUAGUAUUAUUCCCCGGUUUGUUGCUUGGGCUCGGUUCUGGGCUAGGUGUUUGUUUGCUCCUUUCAGCUUCAGCUUUUGCUUGUCAUUUUUAUUCUUUUGUGGUUUUUUUUUUGAUAAGAUGGGGCUUGGGUGGAGAUAACUUUUUUUCGAGCAUACAUACAGAGUAGACAUCACCGUCAAUAUGAUAUAGGUCUUAUCCCUAGG